GUAGGCAAGCAGUUAUAGCAGGAAUUAAUGAAUUGAUGACCCUAAUGAUGCCUGGAGAUGAAGGAAUUUCUGGUUUCCCAGAGUCAGAAAAUCUCUUCAAGUGGGUUGGGACUAUCCAUGGGGCAGCUGGGACAGUAUAUAAAGACCUAAGGUGUAAGCUCUCCCUGGAAUUCCCCAGUGGCUACCCAUAUAAUGCUCCCACUGUGAAAUUUGUCACACCGUGUUACCAUCCUAAUGUGGGCACCCAAUGCAACAUCUGUUUGGACAUCCUCAAGGACAAGUGGUCAGCUUUGUAUGAUGUCAGGACCAUCCUGCUAUCUAUCCAGAGCCUACUGGGAGAACCUAACAUUGACAGCUCAUUGAACGCACGUGCUGCUGAACUUUGGACAAAUCCCACAGCCUUUAAAAAGUAUCUGCUGGAAACCUACAUGAAGCAAGUGACUACCCAGGAACCCUGA